CACAAGACAAGAAAAACAAGAGAAAAGAAAGAAGAAAGAAACAGACCAAAACCCAAAACCCCCAAAAUGAGUUCCCUCAGAGCCCUAAGAUCUCUCAGAAAUGCGAAUGUCUCAACUCUUUCUUCGUCGAUUCUCUUCAACAGAUCUUCCGCCGUCGUUCCGCCUUCGCAAUUCUCUCUCACCGCCGUCCGCUACAUCCGCAACGCUCGCGAUUCUGGCUCCAGCAGACUCUAUGAGAUUACGCCUCCGGUGAAUUGGGGAAUCCGGAUUGUUCCCGAGAAGAAGGCGUACGUGGUCGAGAGAUUCGGCAAGUACGUCAAGACUCUGCCUUCGGGAAUCCAUUUCUUGAUUCCUUUCGUCGAUCGGAUUGCCUACGUUCAUUCCUUGAAAGAGGAGGCCAUUCCCAUUCCCGACCAGUCCGCCAUUACCAAGGACAACGUUAGUAUUUUGAUUGAUGGAGUUCUAUACGUUAAGAUAGUGGAUCCGAAGUUGGCUUCUUAUGGGGUUGAGAAUCCUAUAUAUGCGGUUAUUCAGCUUGCGCAAACCACAAUGCGUAGCGAGCUUGGUAAAAUCACUCUCGACAAGACAUUCGAGGAAAGAGAUACUCUUAACGAGAAGAUAGUUGAGGCCAUCAACAAGGCUGCAAAAGAGUGGGGCCUAGAGUGCCUUCGCUACGAGAUAAGGGAUAUAUCGCCUCCUCGUGGAGUGAGGGCAGCUAUGGAGAUGCAAGCAGAAGCAGAACGCAAAAGGAGAGCUCAAGUUCUCGAAUCAGAAGGAGAAAGGCAGGCCAAUAUCAAUAUUGCGGAUGGAAGAAAAAGUUCUGUAAUCUUAGCUUCAGAAGCUGCAAAGAUGGAUCAGGUCAACAGAGCGCUAGGAGAAGCGGAAGCCAUCCUUGCCAAAGCAAGAGCAACUGCUGAAGGUCUUGCUCUUGUGUCAAAGGCCCUUAAGGACAGUGGAGGAGUAGAGGCGGCAAGUUUGAGAAUUGCUGAACAAUACAUUCAAGCGUUUAGCAACAUUGCCAAGGAGGGCACAACAAUGUUGCUUCCAAGCUCAGCUUCCAAUCCUGCCAACAUGAUGGCUCAAGCUCUCACCAUGUACAAAAGCCUAAUUGGCAAUGUUCCCAGGAAUGUACUUCAUGAAACACGUGCUGGGACAGGGGAAGACGCAAAGGGUGAUAAUUACUCUCAAGAAGUUGGGGAUGAGAGCACCAACACUGCUAGAACAGCGAAAACAGUUCACCGCGAAGAAGUAAAACCAGUGUUUUCGCUUCAGGGUCCCGAGAAAGUAGAAUAGAGUUGAUCCCAUGAACUUCACCAAAUUAAACCAAAAUGUCAAUUCCUUGUUCCAUCAAGAGUUUCUUCUGAUUUCAAUUUUUUUUUUUAAAAAAAAAAAAAAGCUAAAGAUGUUAGUGGUGACUUUUAAGGUGUUACUUUUUUUUUUUCACUUCUUGAUUUCCGGCAAAAGGGUAGAACUUGUCCAUGUCUUUUGAGCAAUAGUGUCCUUUUUCAGUUUUUCAAUAACAGAUGAACAGAUACAAUGUCAUGUGAAGAAAUUGAAAAAUUUUUCCAACAAACAUUUCAAUUUUUUUUUUAUCCAUCAUUUCCUGUAAUGAUGCUAUAUACCCACGUAAAAACAUCAUU